AAUCUGGACCUGCGAAUGUACGUCUCAAUAUGGAUAUUCGUGCUUGUGCAAUUCACACGUACGCAAGAUACUUCUGGCGAGGAAAUAAUGCUAGAUUCCGCGCGAGGGCUAUGCGAAGGCUACAAACGCGGCGAGGACGAUCUCCAGACGUUCGACUUCAUCAGCAAGCUGAAGCUGGAUCUCCUGGAGGCGCAUUACACCGGCGUGACACGAGUCAGAGGUAGCAAUCGUAUGCAAACCGCUUACAGAUUGGAGAAGGAAACCGACGUCACCUUGCCAACCAUAAAUAUACUUGCAAACGGGUUGCCAGAGGAAUUCAGCGCAGUCUGCACGUUUCGAGCCAGAAAACUGCCAAAGUAUACUUGGCACAUUAUCAGAAUCGUCGACAUGGAAAACGAGCCCCAGUUUUUAAUCGCAAUGAACCCAAAAAGUCAGACCGUGGACUUGUCUAUGAAGGGCCAAACAGGGGAACUGCAGACAGUGUCGUUCUCAGCUGAUCGUAUGUUCGACAAGAACUGGCACAAAAUUAAUAUCGGAGUCUUCAAGGACAGAUUGGUGGUGUACAUCGAUUGCGAGUAUGUUAGCGCGCAAGAAGUGAAGUCACGAGGACCGAUCAGAGUAGAUGGCGAGAUCUCGAUAUCGAAGAUGUCGCACAGCAAGCUCACUGUACCGAUCGAUAUACAGUGGAUGGUCUUAAAUUGCGAUCCUACGAGGCCGGAGCGCGAAACCUGCGAGGAGUUGCCAAAGAGCCUUAGCAGCCCUUUAUUACCUCAAAGGCGACUCGGCUGCGAAAUUAUCUGUCCACAGGGGCCUCCCGGAAUUAAUGGCACUAAUGGAUUACCCGGCUUAGCUGGGCUACCUGGACCGCCCGGACCAACUGGAGAGCCCGGUUUACCUGGAAGACAGGGCUUGCGUGGUUCACCUGGAGAACAAGGGAAAACAGGACCGCAAGGAUUUACCGGAGCACGGGGAUUCCCCGGCACGUCGGGUCCUAAAGGAUCUACCGGGCCAAUUGGACCAUCUGGUCAGAAAGGCGAACGCGGUGAAAGAGGAGACAUGGGAUUCCCAGGAUUGAAAGGGGACCAAGGUCUCCCGGGGCCACGUGGUUAUCCAGGUCCUCCAGGGCCAACCGGAAACGUCACCGACUACCGUGACGUUUUGCCGCGUUUCGUAGGUCCACCGGGUCCUCAGGGGUAUCCCGGUGAGAAGGGUUCGAAGGGCGAUCCGGGGGAAACCGGCAGCAAAGGGGAACAUGGUGAAAAAGGUGAGUCAGGAGAGAGAGGUUAUCCAGGACAAGAUGGAUCUCCAGGACCGGAAGGAAAAAUAGGAUUUCCGGGGAUUCCUGGCCUCAAAGGAGCAAUAGGGUUUCCAGGAACAAUAGGUCCUCGAGGGGUACCAGGUCUUGAUGGAGCAACUGGCGCACCUGGAUCACCUGGAAUUCAAGGUCAAAAGGGAGAAGCUGGAGAACCUGGUCGUGAUGGUUUACCAGGCUCGAUAGUUGGUUCUAUAGUACCAGGACCACCUGGACCUCAAGGUCUACCUGGUGUACCUGGAGAAUAUGGUUUUCCAGGGAUGAAAGGAGAACCUGGUCUUGUUGGAUUACCAGGUCCUCCAGGAUUACAAGGUUUUAUAGGUCCUCCUGGUCCUCAAGGGUUACAGGGAUCACCUGGUGUUCCUGGAGAACCAGGUACUCCAGGCCCACGUGGACUCGAAGGUUUUGUUGGGGCACCAGGGCCACCAGGAUUCGAUGGGAAAUCUGGUGAAAAAGGUGACAGAGGUGAACAAGGAGAACAAGGACCUGUUGGUUUACCUGGAAUCAUCGGUGCUCCAGGUUUACCCGGAGUUGCAGGUAUUCCAGGAUUAGACGGACGACCUGGAUCUUCAGGUCCUCCGGGUCCUCCUGGGCCAGCAGGACCACCUGGAACAGUUGCAGAUAUGUUAAGCACAAACAAUGUAUUAGAAACCAUUGGCAGUCCAGGAGUUAGUGGACCAAGAGGUCUGCCAGGUCUAUCAGGAUUGCCAGGUGAGAGAGGAUCUCCAGGAGAACGAGGUCCAGAGGGUCAAAUAGGACCAGGACAAACGGGAAUGCCAGGAGUCCAAGGACCGCCGGGCCGUAGUAUCACCGAUACAGAAAUUCGAGAUAUAUGUGCCACUGUGUUACGAGAGCAGAUGACUGAGAUGGCAGCCCUGAUGCAAGGUCCGCCUGGUCCGCCUGGUCGAGGCCGUCCAGGUCGUCCUGGAUCACCUGGUCCACAAGGUCGCCCAGAGAGGCUGAAAGAACUAACAGAGGGUCUACGCGGGCCGCCUGGGUUGCCGGGGCUGGCCCGACAGGGCCGUCCCGGUCGAAUCGGAACCCAGGGCAUCCCAGGUGAUCCAGGUCCUUCAGGACUACCUGGAGAACGCGGCUUCGUCGGGCUACCGGGACCACAGGGUUCCACGGGUCCACAGGGUCCAUCUGGCGAACGUGGAGAAAAGGGCGACAGAGGACCGGAAGGCGUUGGUGUGGAAGGUCCAAUAGGUCCAAGAGGGCUGCCUGGUCCACCUGGCAAUGAUGGCGUCGGAUUGCCUGGAAGACAAGGGGAACGGGGGGAACCAGGCAGACCAGGAGUACCUGGAAUAAGAGGGGCACCUGGACCCCAGGGAGUACCUGGAUUUUGUGAGCUAUGCAAUUAUCCAAGCGCCAACUACUUACAAUACACUCGCGGCAAUGAGAAAGGACCGUAA